CUCUUCAGGUUUCAGCAGUCAGUGCGGUGGUAAAUUGGGGUACCAGUCCAAAGGCUUUUGUCUUCCGCAACUAUAACCAUAAACCGGGUUCCCUGAGUCGCUAUGCAGGAGCUUCAGGCUGCCAGAUGUGGCAGGCGGUUCGGGCAUCAUCUGCUGCACCAGGAUACUUCCAGGAGUUUACUUUGCAAAGUGACAUUCACCAGGACGGAGGAAUUCUCCUGAACAAUCCCUGUGCCUUGGCUGUCCAUGAGAGCCGUUUGCUGUGGCCCAAACAGCACUUUCAAUGUGUGCUAUCACUUGGCACCGGUCGCUAUGACAACGUUAAGAGGGGACCUGCUACCUCUACGAGUCUGAGGGCCAAAAUCAGCAAUCUGAUCUGCAGUGCCACCGACACCGAGGGGGUCCACACCCUGUUAGAUGACCUGCUGGCCCCAAACGUCUACUUCCGCUUCAACCCCAUGCUGAGCGCUCAGGUGUCCCUGGAUGAGAACCGACCAGGAGCCCUGGACCUCCUGCAGAGAGACACCCAGAACUACCUGGAGAGGAAUCGGAACAAGCUAGCCAGACUGUGUUUGGUGCUCGGGGCAGAGCGCUCGUCUGUUAGCAGAACUAAGGACUGGAUGAGUGAGAGGGCCUGGGAGAUGAAGCAGAGAUUGAUGUGAGGAGGUGAGAGGAGGCAUGUCGACACAGAGAUGAUUAGCCUGUGCACAGAUGAUGGAGAAAAAUAACACUUUAAAGUGCAACAACACUGCCGUAAAACACACACAGUUUAACAAAAAGUUUUCUUCUUUUCAUAAUACAUGAUUUUACAGUGUUUGCUGCUGAAAUCAUAAAAGCUGCUAAAUAGGAGAGUCUGUUUAUACACCGAUGUGUCUCAUUCAUGACACAAAAACAUCUGCACAUACAACACUGACACGUCCUCAAGUAUCCAGCAUCACAACAUUAGCAGGAGAUCAUUUAAAACCUUGAAGUUACCAAGUGUGACAUCCUUGGAUCAGACUUGUUUUUCCAACACAUCCCACAAAUGUUUGAUCAGAUUGAAAUCCAGGGAAUGUGGAUGACAAGUUAACACUUUGAACUCAUUGCCCGUUUCUGAACAUUUACCACUCAGCCAACAAGCUGUGAUGCAUUCUGAAACUCUUCUAUCAUAACCGGUAUUAAUAUUUUCAGUAUUUUGUGCAGUCGCUCUUCUUUAGGAUCAGACUGUGCACAGCAGUGAGCCUCAUACACACCUGACCCUGAUACCAAUUCACUGGUUGUCCUUCUUUGAGCCACUUUUGGUAGGUUCUAACCACUUUAUGCUGGGAACAACCCACAACAUCUGCUGUUUUGAAGAUCCUUUGACCAAAUCAUGAGGCCAUCACAGUUUGUCAGAGUCAUUUAGAUCCUUGAACUUGCACAUUUUUCCUGCUUCCAUCACAUCAACUUCAGGGAAUGUAUAUUUGCUGCCUAAUACAUCGGACUCCUUGACAGGUGAUAUUGUAAUGGGAUAGUGAAUCACUUCAUGUGUUUGUGGUUUUAAUUGUGUGGUUGAUCAAUGGAUACUGAUGAGUAAUAUACAUCACCUUUAGAGGAGAGAAAGUACCGCUAUUCUAAUAACGUAUUUGGGUUGAGUCAUUGUGAGGCCAUUUUUACAGGAACAAACAAGCUGCGUAAUCUGAGCGUCACCUCACAGGUCAACAGUAUUGUGUUGUUGUAUUAUAAGAAGUUUAUGUCACCCUCAUAUCUUUUGUUUUUAAUUUAGAACACUUAUUUAUGAAAUAAGCACUCAGAUGCACUUUAUCAAUACAUUUUGUUUGAUGCACACAUGAGAAUAAUUCAAUAUAUGAAGAGUUCAUUUGCAAAAUCAGGUAACUCCAUUUUCAGAAAACUCAUUGGUUAUUGUUUAUUUGAGAUAAUAAUAAUACUAACACUAAUAAUUUAUUUAUUCUCUAUUUUGUCAUGUAUUUUUCUACUGAGUCAAAUCCACUCAACUUCAGUUUGAUUGAUAUUAUCUCAAGUAAACAAUAAAAAAAAUCAGAAAAUUUAUCAAAACGGAGUUACCUGUUUUUGCAAAUGAACUCUUCAUAUGUAUAUGGUUAUUACUUUAUUUGUAACUGCUUUUCAGGAUCAUAGAUUGCAAUAUAAGCCAUAAAUUUUGCUUUCCUGUGACGUUA